AUGUCCAAUACUGGCUCGCCACUUGACGACCAUGAAAGGGAUCAGGGCUCCGUGUCACCUCCGAGCUCUCACCAUGCCUCGAGGUCCGCGACGCCAGAAAUAUCCUCGCCGGACAUCGCGUCGCGGAAUCUCUCUUCUCUCUCGUCUCUGCCAAGGUUGCGCUCCAGCUCUCUUCCUCCACCGGACAUGGACAUGGCCUUCAAACUUGCCUUCCAUCUGGCACCGGCGAGGAAUAGCAAUGUCGAUGCUGUGGACUUUGCACAGGUGCCCGCCGAAGUGGACUUACCGAACAAAAUCUUACGGCCACAGCAUCCUCCGGAUUCUUCCUCGCCGGAUGCAGUACCAAUAGCCUCGACAAAGGUCAACACUGACCAGGUCACGCCUGUGCGAGAGAUCGUUCGUCUCCUUCGCCUGCAAAAGGACCACCAACGUCAAUGCCGUCGAGCCGAGGACACCCUGUACCGUCUUCAGAUCGCUACCGCGCGGACCAGUCGUCUUGUGUGCGCAGCACGUUCGGCCCAACAUACUCUGGCUGAGUGCAUCAAGUCCGAGGACAAGGCCAGCUUUACUAACCUUCUUCACGCCUUUCACGAUGCCAGCGAAGAAUGUUUGGCACCGCAACCCGAGGUGGCCGCCGAACCUGCAGGUGCGGAUCAAUACUGUGCCCAUUCCUUCAUGGAUGGGAUAUCCACCGAUUCUAGAAGUUCCAUCCUGGAGCUACUCACCAAGAUCAGACACGAUGGCACCUUUCUUGCUGACCGACUAGAUGCCCUCUCGCAGAAGGAGUUAGUAGAUUUGAUUCCGGAUCGUGGUGCUUCCCGGCAAAGCGAAUCGAUGUUUGGAUCGUCAGUCCGUUGGAGUUCUCGCGCUUCCAGGUCGUUGGGUUUCGUUGUGGACGCGCAUGUAGACAUGGUCUCGUCUUACUCAUACGGCAGUGCACUGGAAACCCUGAUGUUUUGUACCUGGGGACUGACCACUUCCCGGCGUCUCGAGCAUGAGCGCUCGACUAGCAUUUGGGCUACUGUAUGUGCCCAAUUGCUAUCCAAGCAGAAACCAGGAUGCGAGAAGCUUAUCCCGGCGGUGUUGGAUGUUUGGGCGUUCUCCCUCCCAUGGCCAGCCAAGGAACGCCUUGAACUGUGGAUGUUGCAGACCCUCCAAGAAGGUUGCUUCCUACUUGAUCAGCCCAGCAAACAAACCUUUAGGGCUCGAGUUGAGGGACGGCCGGAAAUACCACUGGAGGAUGUGCUCCGGGCGGAAGCGUUCUACGCACAGGCCGUUGACUCCCUUCUCGAUCUUUUGGGUGAUCAAUCGGGCCCCAGUCUGAUUCCACCAGGUGCACUUACGAUGGGCCGCACCAUUUGGGAAAAGCUUGCAGACUCUCCCGGACACCAGCAAAGUUUACCACAAUUCAUCGUCACGCGCUGGCUUUGUUCGUCAUUCCUGGCCGACGCUCUCACACUUUCCGAGGCACAUGGUUCUCUAACUGACCACUACGUCCCGGAAAUCUCGCGUCAACGAAUACUUCGCAAAAUUGCAGAAAGAACGCAAAAGGCUGUGUAUGAGGUGGCCUACUCAUGGAAACACGGCAGUAAGGCCUCUACAGAAGUGACGCAGCGCGUCAACACCAUCAUGGCACUCUUGCAGCCAGUAACAUUCCAGCGCGGCAGCCCGAACUCUUACUUUCCCAACGUUGACCAUACGGAUUCUAGGAGGCCAGGAGAAGACUUUGUGGUAGUCUCUGCCAAGGAUGUUGUAGUAUCGAUCAACGCUCUGUACCCUCAAAGGAGGCCUGCUUCCGUUUCCUCGGACUACGGAAGUGUCACAUCUGGCUUGCAAUCAUCCGCAUCAUCCGUGUCUGGAUUCUCGCUCUUCCGCAAUGCACAUUCCGCGGAGACUUAUUCUAACCUAUUUACCCCAUGGUCGAGCGAAAUGCAGUCGCCGGGUGCCGCAAGCGAUCCCCUCGACUUGGAACAGUCAUCAGAUGCUCAACCGCUACACGAAGCCUGCUUAGAGCUUGAACAAUUUGACCAGCAUGGAUCCCCGGGUCGUUGGACUGUGCUGGCAGCUCCACCAAACUCUGCUAUUCUGACCACCAUGGAGGAGCGUUUCUCUCAAGUUAGCUCCACGGAUAACGCCACAGCACACCAGCAUUCACCAAUUCCCGAUGCACAACCUCGAGACCACAAUUCUUCUCUGAGCGUUGUCGAGCAACUACUCGGAAGCUUGGAGAUUGCCGCAGUCGACAGCUCGCUAUCUGUACUUGUCCCAGGAGAGCAUGUUUCCGAUGCGUGGUCGCAGCUGCGCGGAUUCUUCGAGGAUGCCAUGACGGAUUGCGAUUCGCAUUCGGACUUUGUUGGCGCUCACUUUUGGUUUCACCAAUUCCAGAAGCUACACGAGGAGGUUUCUCGAUCAGAGAAUAUGUCAGUGCUGAAAUCUUUGAUCCAGGAGCUCCAGGUAUCUGCGGAGAGCUCCAUUCGUCGCUCGCUGGUCAUUGAACAAGCCUGCGGGAAGUGGUUAAGACUGCUGAAGUCCUCUACACAGUUGCGAAGCGAACAUUUAGCCCCAUUGACUGAGGCCAACGAGCGUCUACGUGACAAGAUGUGGUAUGUUGCGGAUGUGCGAACUUCCGCUGCCUACGAUGAGGCUCGAUCGGUUGCAGCUGCCUUGCGUAUCAUGGGCAGGCCGAAGAGACCAUCACGCACACGGAUGACUCCACCUUUGCGGCAUUGGAGUGGCACCAAGCUGGCAAGCACGAGUGUACAGCUGAAGUCGGAAGCUCAAAUACUUGAGCUAUUGAGCGCGAGGCCGGAGCACGGAGGUCCCAACAAGCUGAGUGACGAGCAAUCCAGGAUUACCGCCGCUUGGCUCGAGAGGCAGAACAUUGACAACCUUUGCAAAGGCGAAGAGCGCCUUCACAAAUUCUGCAUGGAAGUGAAGCGAUGCAUUGAAUCUAUCAUAAAUGCACCUGCGGAGUCAUCCACCAUAUCUUCGAACGCUCUCUUUUCUCGAGAAGGAUCGUCAUGGCAAGGUCGCCGAACGCAGUACGGACAGGCCACACUGGCAGGUCUCUACGGAAGUGCUGGCCAAGCUAGGCUACUUUCAUUGCAGCCUCAUUUGCGUAGUUCAGAUGCGUUGUCAGGGAGCUCUCGUGCACUGUCCAGUGUGAGCUCCCGCGAUUAUCUCGAAACCAGGAGCCCAACGCUGACGAACAAGUCAUCCAUGCCAUUUUGGUCUCCCGCAAUGACAGAGGCGGAAUCGCCAUCGAGUACUACAAGUAUCGGCACUUCGCUGAAGCAAUCCGCAAUGGAGUCGUUCCAAAAUAAGCGAGGCGAUGCGCCAAUGGCGACGCAGCGACCGGCUCUUGAUAGAUUGCGUGAACGCCUGACUGGGCUUUUGCUCAGUGAUCUUACCUCCAGCCUGUACAACGAAGGCAGCGAGACUGACGUUGCAUUUUGGACCGGCCUUGGGUCAGAUCUGGUCAACAGACAUUUCCGGAAUGUGAGAGCAUACCAGUGGAACGUUGGAGAGCGGAAACCAUCGAUGCCUUCAGCAAUUCAUUUGCCAACGUCGAUGGCUCCGUUCAGCUUUGAUGGUGCGUUCCAUCGUUUGCUACAGAAGUUCUCUAGGGUCUGCAACCCCUCUGUGAAGCUGAGCUGUCUGUACGAUAUUGACAGGCUACUGAUCCCGUACAUGGCUCAGCGGGGCGGUGAUGGCCACGCAUUGUCGGCUGUCUCGCCAACAAAGGAUACUUCGAGCGAGAUCAGUGUCCGCGGGUUUCGUGAUCUCUUCUCGCAACACUCGCUCCGCCCUUCCACCAUCUUCAGAGACAUGCAGUACAUUGCUGCGCUACUCCCUUCUUCGACGCUACAAGACACCGCUCAAGGCAAAGCCUUUUGCAAUGCAGCAGUAGCAAUUUCGGGUCUUAAACGGGACGCAAGACUAGUCAUGGUAGAGACGGCUGACAGCAUCAUCGCGUAUCAUUCUAACAAUCGAGGCCAUGGGCGAUCGCCAUCCACGGCGCAGCAGCAACGAGAUUCUGCGAUAUUCACAACGCCUAGCCGCACUUCAUCUGCCGAAGACAUUGCCCGCUACAGCAUGGCAGACGCUGCAUAUCUCCUCCAGAUCACGGCCAAAGAGGGAGAUCACGUAGCGCAGCGUGAACUUGCUACACUCUAUUUGACGCAUCCUGAGCUUAUGGACCGAAUCAUUGCACCAUUUGCAAGACCGAAAGAAGUAUUUCGGGAGGAGCUGGAGGCCAGAUGGCGAAAGAAUCAAGACCCUAAUMGAUGCGAUCCGACGACCAUGUGUGUUGCUCAUCAUUGGAUGAAUCUCAGCAGUAAAGGCGGUGACUCCUUGGCGAAGGAGUAUCUCAGGCAACGAGAGGAGAUGGACAGUUUUUGA